GCCACUCGGGUAAAGGGAAGUCCUAGUUCCGGUGGGGGUUUUGGUGCUGCUCGUGGGUCCGGAGAGUUGGAUUCGGGUUUUGGUGCUGCUCGUGGGUCCGGCGAACUAGAUUAUCCUUCGAACUCCGACGAUGAUUAUAAUUUUUCACCCCAAACUAGUACCAUUCCGCUUCUUGACUUUGUCCGUGGGAACCAUUGUCAAUCUCCUCCAUGACAAGUCACCACCGACUGUGAUUGGAUGCAUGAAUAACUUAUAUAGAAGUGUUGAGAAUCUUGAUGCACAAUUUUUAAGCACAGAAGCUUGCCAGGACAUGUUGCUUCAGCUGAGAAGAUUGUCCAAAUUUCAAUGCAGUAACUUAAAACAAGCGAUUGUAGGUAAGUUAAACCCUGUCGAAUGCUACUAUAUUUGUGGAGAUUCAAACUGCAGAAAGGAAGGUAAAGGCAUUUUAAGUGAGUUUUCCAAUGUCCGUUGCCACUGCGGAGAAGUAAUGGAUGAACUGGUGACUUUGUCAGAACAUACUACCGAGGCUUCUUGUGAUGAAGGUGAAGGAGAAUUUCUUAAGGGAGGAACAGAGAGGUUUUUGGUAAGUGAUGAUUUGCAAAUUAUGUCUGGCUCAAUACCCCCAAGUAUGGUGCUACUGAAAAAGCUUGGCAUCGUGGAUGCAAAUGAGCUUGAGAGUCGGAGUUUGAAUAUUGGACCAGAGGAGAUUUUGCAAUUGCUUCGACUCUCAUUACUCACCAAGGCACCUUUAACGCAAUUGAUUUCAUUAGCGAAAGGAGCUAGUGAUCCUAUAGAGAUUGAAACCAGAAACAUGGCUAAAUCGCUAGGCAAAAGGUCUGCAACCAGUGACCCAAAGAAGAUGAGCUUGACUAUUUUCAUAAGCAAAUCUAGGAAUAAGGUAUUAUAUGCAGAAUGUAGAGAAGAUUUUGUGGACUUCCUCUUCAGCUUCCUCACAUUUCCUCUUGGAUCUAUAUUAAAACUUUUGGGUGGAAAGUCUUCACUUGGAACUUUUGACAGUUUGUACAAAAACAUCAAUGAUCUAACCACUGAAAACUACUUGAAAUCUGAGGAACUCAAAAACGUGUUACUCAGUCCCAAGCUUGCUCCUUUCUUUGCAUGUGAGAACCAGCUACUGCAUAUUGAAGAAAGUUCCAGUCGCCAAUACUUGCUCUAUACUUGUGGAGCGACUGAUGGUGAGUUGUUUGUCCACCCUAUGACAUCCAAAUUCGAUGGUUGCUGCUUUGGACAAGAAUUGGGACUCUUGUCCAUGGUGAAUCCGAAGUCUUCUACUGGGGAAACCACAGGAGGGGGAGGAUUUGUGAAGGGACCGGCCAAGUUCAUGGUGACUGAUGACUUAGUUGUCACACCGCUCUCUCCCAUCUCAAGCAUUUCAUUUCUUGGCAAGUUGGAUGUGCCCAUAACAGAUGUUGACCAGAAAGUGGUGACAGUGGGUGGGGAGGAGGCUUUGAAUCUGCUGAAGGCUGCUCUAAUAUCUGAAACGGCUCUGACUGAUGUCUUCACCUCAAGGGAUCAAAGUGCUGAAGAUGUUAAGUGCUCGUUUGGCGGAACUGCUAUAAUGAUGAAAGCACUUUUAAAGAGCUUUUAUCUGUCAUAAAACUGUCAGUAAAAAAUAUGUUAGGUAUUAAAUGAUGCAUUUAUUAAAGAAAGCAUUGUUCUUUAUUAAAGCACUUUUUAUACUUAGUAUGUUUAAAUUAUGUUAGGUAUUAAAUGAUGCAUUUAUUAAAGAAAGCAUUGU